GAACACCUGUCUUGUGCCGUGUACUGUAGGGACAGCCAGACUCAGCGGAUCCGCUCUAACAACAUCUGUGUAAAAACAGUCUUAACUGUCUUGUUACCGAUCGCAGUCUCCUUGACAAAUAGCUCGUCGACUGCUGAAGCUGUCAUUUAAGACUUGAACCGGUGUUCGGCUGUUCAGAACCUUACGUCAUACUCAACAUGGUUUCCAUGAUAACCCGGCUCAGCGAUAAACCAUAUAAGUGCAUACCGUGCAACAAGAGCUUCACAGGACCAGCAAGCCAUGCAGAACACAGGGACAGCGACAGGCAUCGUAAACUUUUUUCCACCAAAGUUAUCCCAGACAGAACAAAGGACAAUUAUAUAAAAUGCGAUGUUUGCAAUACUGAGAUAUCUGGGGCCGUAAACCUCAGGCAGCAUGACAACGGUAAGAAGCACAAAAAUGCCAUGGCAGCUCAACUCAAGCGUGAGCAAGUCAUUCUGAGACGUCCUCUCACAAACACAUCCCCUUCCAUCGUAACGUCUCUCAGUGUUUCCCCUGAUAUGACUUCCCUGCAUAGUGUUAGCACAACACAGGGUUCGAGGCCCUUACCGUCUCUGUCAAGCUCCUCAAAUCUGGUCCAGUCACUACAAGCCAGCAUUGAUUCCUUGGACAAGCAUCAAGAAACCAGAGCUCUGGAAUCACCUUCUAGUCUCAGUGACUUGGCCAGUCCGGCUGCCUCCAUGUCAAGCACUGCUAUUACAACCGUGCAACUCUACAGUCCUGACAAUGCACCUGAUGGGAAUCUUCCAUACUCCUCUGAGUUCACGCUACAGCCAAACAGUGGACCAUACCAGUGCAAGACAUGCCAAAAAAGAUUCACAGGGCCAGCAAGCUACGCAGAGCACAGGGACAUCUGUAUCCACAGCGUGCAAUGCUUCUCUAGGGCAGACUCUUCAUCUCCAGCCAAUAAUUACAUUUGGUGUGACAUUUGCAAGACUCGGAUUUCCGGUGUGAUGAACAUGGAAGCACAUGACAGUGGGAAAAAGCACAGAAGGGCUCUGUCUAUGCUUCAGCGUGCUUUAGAUCCUGGGCACCAGCAGGAGACCACAAAAGUGUGCAUCGAAAGUUCUUCCUCCAGAAUUGCCACAGCAAUAUCAGUUCCUGCAGGCAGAACUUCUUCGCUAGCUAUUACACAAUGUGAGAAUGUGCCGUCUGCUGCACGGAUGUUGUGCUUUCCACCUUCUCAACCAGCAGCAGACAACGCCAAUUCCUUGCACACUUUGCAGGAGUUGACUGCUCUAGAUUCAAGCACUUGUGCCUCAAACCUGCACAAUGGCUCCACAUCAGAUGCUGCUGCUUCUGGAACCACAAUCAGAAACCAAGCUAAUAUUCAGGAUUGUUCCACCGAUAAUGAGAGGAAGUACAAGGAACCGGUGAAACCUACGAAGGACAAAGACAAAGAACAAAGUGCAAGCUUCACAAGCAGUGAGGCAGCAGGAAAAAGUUUUCACAUCACACACAGUGCUGUUGAUGUGGUGUACAGCGAUGACGGAACAAAAUGCAGAAUGGGUAACAUCGAAGGUUAUGGUUGCAGGAAAUGUGGAAUCGCCUUGUUUCAAAAUGUGGAGGCCGCACAGCGCCACUACAGAACAGACGGCCACACCGCUAUUGCUGACCCACUGUAGUGGGGCUGCCUCAGUGCAGUUAAUAGCGAAAUGCAGGGCCAAGCUCAGACUUAGUUGUCAGGUGCAAUUUCGUACUCAUUUUAUGACCAGCUGCACACUUGGUUCCUUUUGCAUGGCACGACAGCAGUCUUCACAGCAACAGCUGUUACAGGUACUAUGCAUGACUAUACUAAUUGGUAUGUCAUUAUUGAGAAAAUGAAGGACCAAGAUGACACAAGAGAAAGUGGACACAUACAAGUGCUCACUCGCUACUGAGUCAUUACUGUGCCUAAAAGAAAACAAGAAUAAAUCAAGGAAUAAUGAAAACAAAAAGCAAGGCUCCCAUAAAUGGCAACUAAGCUGCAGUUCUUCAAAUGCUUUCUACCCCGACAGUGAUCCUGUAUUUUACUGAACUGACUAGAAAUGUUGGGAUAUGAUUUCUUGUUUCUCUUUUUUUGUCUAUUUUAGACACUAAAUAUAUAUUUGCAUUGUCCCUAUGUUGUUAAUGACUUUGUACUUUUCCUGACUUUUAUGCAGUGCUUAUGUGAUACCCUUUACAUUAUACAUUCUAUGGAAGCACAGCUUAUAUUUGUUAAACAGCCUAGAGGUGACGUCAUUCAAGGGCUGGGUCGAGCCAUUAGCUAUUGUUAAAGAGACACUUAGCUUACUGUAGAGCUUUGCAUGUGAAGCUUUCAUACUGAGCUGUACUAAGCUUGAUCUACCUUACCAAUUUCACAAAAGAAGCCUUAAGCCAUCAUUUGAAUAUAUUUUCUCUUUCAUGUGUGUUGCAUUGGACGGUGCAUCCUCCUGGUUUGUACAUUUAUUAUUCUCUUUUUUUUUUCACAAUUAUAAUACUUUCAAUCAGCAAUUAAAGUGCUGAUGGCAUAAAUUGCAGGAUUCUGUGCCCUGAAAAUACCCGUGUCUCUUGCACUUUAGUGAAAGUUGUUAGAUUAUCUUCUUUGUCACGAGUUCAAUAAAACAAAUGAGUUCACAGAAAUGUGCAAGCUAUGGCUAUGAAAAACAAUUUUUCACCUCCAUAAUAAAGCUGAAGUUUUAAUAUAAAUUCGUCCUGGUGCAAAAACCAAAAGCAAUGAUAUCAUCUUAACAGGGCCUCGUUGGCGAAUUGAAUUAGUUUUGAAUUAUCAAAGUCUAAACUGACAUGAGUCUGAUUGUUUCUUUCUUUCCUUUCUAUUUUUUUAAAGUUCUUUCGUAAGAAUUUGCUCCAGAGCAUAUGAGGGAUAAAAUACAAUCAAAUAAGAGCUUGUAUAUAUUUAUUUGUGUUCUGUGCCAAUCCCAUGUUCUAACCGAUGUGAGCAGUAUGAAGAUAUUGUAAACCAUUUUGAGUGCCUCAUUUGCAAGUUGUGUAUAUGCAUUGUUCCUACUUCAGUACUGCAACACUUUGUUCCUACCGCAGUCAACUCGGAUUCACUCCAACUCACAGGGACUAAUUAUGUUUCUUUAAAAUAUCAGGACAGUGUCUGCUCUGGUGUCAAAUAAAAUAAAGUUAAAAUAGUAUUUGCAAA